AUGUCCACUUUUGGCGGCGAUGCCGCCGCUGCUGCGGCCGUAGCCUCGGCGUCGCACUCCGUCAUCACCCAGGUCUCUGCCCACUCUGGCGGGGCGCUCUUCUCGCACGACCAGCUCCAGGCUGGCAGUGCUGGCGACUCGGCCAUUACGCUAAAUUUGCGGGGGCAUAAGUUUAAUAUGAUGCGCGAGGAGUUGAUGGCGUUGCCGGAGAGCGUGCUGCUUUGCUUGUUUCCCAAUGGCGUGUUUAUCGAUGGACAGGGGAACAUGGUCACUUCUAUAACUGGCACGGAUGUCAUUACCGUCGAUUUCUCCCCUCUAUGUCUGCAGUACGUGCUCGAUACCUUCCGCGGCAUCGCCACAAGCAUACCAUCAUCCCCCACCACCUCCCCACCAGGCUCCCCUCGCUCCCCCGAAGUCAACACCACCUCCCCCGCCGCCAUCCUCGCCGCCCGCCCGGCCGUCAUAAUCCUCCAAGAAGACCUAGAUUUCUAUGUCGUUCCCCCGCCCACAAUCGCCCACAAACCAUACCCGCCAAACUACGCAGACAUGGUCUCUCUAAAACUCGGCGUCAGCAAACGCCUGCUCGCCGAACGCGGCAUCUUCUCCGCCCUCAAACGCGCGCGCGCAGUAUCCUCCGACGACCUCCCUGACCAGGACCACUUACCCCACGGCGAAACACCGGACCACCUCAAAGCCGCGGGAUCGGCCGAGAAGCAUCUGCUCGAGAUGCUCUGCGCGUCGGGCUUCGAUAUCGCAGACGAAUGGGGCCACCGCGAGCGCGAGCCGAGUAAGACGGUAAUCAGCUCGCUCGCGCUCGUGCGUCUGCAAGCCACCGAGCCCGCCUCCGCUGCUGCUGCAGGAGACGCUGCGGAUCCGAGUUCGGUGACGAUAAACCCGAUGGCGCAGAAACUGCUUUUGUUUUGGCGCAAGCCGGCGCGCAAGUGUUGGUGGGAUCGGAUUUGCUUGAAGGGGAUCGAGGGGUUUGAUCCUGAGGUUGAAGUCAAGGUGCACGUUCGCCGGAUGUGGACUUUAGAGCUGUCUGUUAUCGGCGUGCAUUGA